UAUAUGUCAUAUCCGGUGUGUCUUAUAAACAAACGCCAUUGUUUGUUUUUAUCGAAAAUUCAUCAUCUUAGCAAAUCUCAUAUCAUCUUCAAAUAAUCACAUCACAGAAAUAAUUGAAAAAUAAACUUAAAUGGGGAAUUAGUUUUAUGUUUUAGCUUUACCGAACUGAAGUUAUUCAAAGGAAUAAAGAUGAGCUUUUUGUUUGGGAAUCGAGGCAAUAAAACAUUUAAGCCCAAAAAGAAUAUACCAGAGGGCACUCACCAGUAUGAUUUGAUGAAGCAUGCUGCUGUAACGUUGGGCAGUGGCAACCUGCGACAAGCUGUUCAGUUGCCAGAUGGUGAAGAUUUAAAUGAAUGGGUGGCUGUAAAUACUGUAGAUUUUUUUAAUCAAAUCAAUAUGCUGUAUGGGACCAUCACUGAAUUUUGUCUGGAGGAGACCUGUCCUGUUAUGUCAGCUGGCCCUAAGUAUGAAUACCAUUGGGCUGAUGGCCAGACCAUUAAGAAACCAAUCAAGUGUUCUGCUCCCAAGUAUAUAGACUACCUUAUGACAUGGGUUCAGGACCAACUAGAUGAUGAAGCCUUGUUUCCAUCUAAAAUAGGUGUUCCUUUUCCUAAAAACUUUCUGUCCAUAGCCAAAACAAUACUGAAAAGGCUUUUCCGUGUCUAUGCCCACAUCUAUCAUCAACAUUUCAAAGAAGUGGUACAGCUGAGCGAGGAGGCCCACUUAAAUACAAGCUUUAAACAUUUCAUUUUCUUUGUCCAAGAGUUCAAUCUAAUUGACCGCAAGGAGCUUGCACCACUGCAGGAACUGAUUGACAGAUUAACAGGGAAAGAUAGAUGAGCUCCCUUUCCUGUCCUUCCCCCCUGACUAGGAUCAAAGAAUUCUGAGAUUUGACUUUCCAAUAGUGUAAACAUGACUUUAUUACCUUGCUAUUCUUAGACAUGUUGAAAUGACAUACUGCACUGUUUUUAUCCAGAAAAGAAAUGUGUGUUUUAAGCAUGAAAUCAUUAUCUUUGGUUUGUCUCAAUUUGGAUAGAGCUAUGAAUUUGUACUGUUUGAUCUUUGGUAGUUUUUUAAUUGCUAAAUAAUUAUAGGCUUAGUUUGUUCUAUUUAUUUUGUGAAUGUGGUUAUUUAUUUGUUCUUAGAACACUAGCCAGCCAAUAUUUUGAUUCAUGUUUUACUGUGUAAUGCAUGCUAAGUGAGCCAGUUCUAGUGGUGAAAUAAAAAUAUUCUAAUAUAUUACAAUUUUAGCAUAGGCUAUGUGGUUUAACAAUAAUUUUAGUUUCACGUUUUUGGAUAAAAUAAGGUGGUGCAUUGAAAUGCACUUUCAAUUUUAGAAUGGCAUGUUUGGAAAACUUUUAUUAUUUUUUUUUUAAUUUUAUUUAUGUUUGUUUUUUCUUGACUGGAUUAUGCAACAGAAAAUCGAAUCAGUAAUCAAAGGACCUAUUCAUAUAAUAAAUUUUAUAACACUAAAAAUGUCUGUUGUAUUUGGACGUAUUCAUCGCAGUUAGCAAUGUCAACAAAGCUGCUGACAUAUUCCAUGACUGUAUUGACAUCAUCUUUUGUGUCCUGUGUGUGUGCAUGGUCAGAUCUGACUACGGUUUUGUAAGUUGUGUGCCCUUUGAGGUAAAAACAAAUACUGGAAUAAUGCAAAUUUAUUUUUCCACUUGAUUUUGAGAUCCUUUUAUAAAACAACAUAAGUAAGUCUUACUUCUUUAGCAUUAUCGUCCUCAUCAAAGUCCAUGAGAAUGAUUAAAAGAGGCUAAAAUCCUCUUUACCAAAUAAUAACCACAGACUUCUUUAGCAUUUGUAGUUUGCUAAUUAUAUUCUGACAGAUACUUUAAUGCUGUGUGUUUGAUGCUUUAAUAAUAGUUGUUUCUGAUCAUUGAAUUAUGUCUGUUCAUCGUUAAAAGUUGUCAGUAAAGUCUUUCAGUGACAAAUGUUUAUAUUUUAUCCAAAUGAGAAAUUCUGACAAUGUGCUUAAAAUUGUAUAAAACAAAUAUUUACAUAAAUAUAUUUUUUAUAAUCCACAUGUACAUCAUGUUUACAAAGUUAAAAAAGAAAAAUUAAAUUAGCACACACCAUGAAAAUACAAAUUGGAUUAGCUCCAACCAAGUACAUACAGGCAUAAAACAUGUUAUUCUUAUGUUGAAAAGUACACUAAAUAAGCAAAGCAUGACUGAUUUGAUGUCAAUCAGAAAACUGUGGGAUAGUGUUUACUUGCUUUUUAAAGAUUUUAUUUAAAUAAGAAUCACACGCAAAAAGAAAACAAAAAAAGCUAUAUAUAUACUUGUUCAAUGAGCUGAAUGUCAAUGUCAUCUACCGGUACCAUUUUGAUGAGAAUAAAUGUUUGUUUACUGCCAUGUUGCUUUGAUUGUGUUGAACCUUGUUGCUGUUACACAAGUUUUCCAGGAAUCUCCCUCUGUUCAAUGUGGAACAUUGUCCUCUUUAGGAACCUUGUCCAGAGUGUACAUAGCUGUGGGUGUAGAGCCGAUGUAUGUUCCUGAAUUCCACUUUGAUUUUAUGGACCAAUACCAAGAUUUGUGGCAUGGUGUUUAACAUUUUAAGUUUCAAUAUAGAUUUUGUAAAUCCUCUCUUAUUGGCACAAUGAGCAUUGCUUGUAGACCAAUGCUUGACAUGUCUUGAGCACAUUGUUUUUUGUUUCGUUUUCAUUAGGAUUGCAUUAUUCUUUACAUUUUUUAAGGAAUAGUUCUCUAUUAAAGACAUUACAAACACAUUUUGCAUUUGAUUUUUUAAAUUAAUAAUAAGAAAAGAUAAGAUUUUACCUAUAUUUUUUUUUUCUGUAAAUAAUCUGUGUACAUGUAAUUGACUAGUUUUUUAAUAUUAGUUGCACAUAAUUUCAAGUUGACGACUCGACUAAUUUAAGCUUAACAUUUUGUAUUUAUAGCAAUGUAAUUAUUUAAAUUGUCAUUUUGGCUUGAAUUAGCUUAUUAAACAUUUUUUCUUUUCACUUUAAUCUACUGCCAUUUACAAUAAGGACUAUAUCUUACUUUAGAUAACUGUAGACUGUAAUAAUAACAAUAAGCCCAGAAUUUUAUAACUGGCAUUGGAAAGCCUCAAAUAUGUAAAUAGAUUGUUCAUCCGAAUCAAAUGUAUCUGGGGAGACUUGUAGUUUUUCACCCAUGACUUUGACACUAGUAUGUCUUGUGAUUUGAAAUGUUUCUCAAGUUUAAAAACAGAAGGUCCACCAUCCCAAACUGAUGUAAAUGAAAACUUUCAAUGUGUGAAGGUGGUAGAUUUAACUAUCUUGAUGAUAAGUCAAUGAUCUCGUUUUAGUGUGGUGGCAGUAAAGACUCAUGGAAUUCAUUUUAAUAUUUAUUUUGAGUGUGAAAUAAGAUUCCAUCAAUGUACUUUUUUUUUUUUUUUUUAAUAGUAGUGUCCAUAUUUCUGGUUUCUUUAAUUUUAAAUAAAAUUUAUGUCCUUAUUUUUAGCCAUUUUUAUUGUUUGGGGUAUUGGCAUAAUUUUGUGUAUUUGACUGUUCUAAACUUGUCAGUUUCUAGUCACUUGUAGUAAAAGGUUGGUUGUGGCACUUUUGGUCAAAUAUGGAUGAGUUUUAAUUAUGCAUACAAUUUGUACCUCUCAAUAUCCACUUCUUGGCAUCUUUCACAGGAGUAACACCUUGAGAUACCCUAAUGUCACUUGAUCUUUUUAACCCAGUUUUUGCUAUUUCUGUACAUUUGAUUUUAAAUAGAAUUAAAACUCAUCCAAUAUUGACUAGAUGUCCCUGUCUCAACCUUGAUUUUGUGAACACUUUUCUUAAUUGAUAAUGACAUUUUGGAUGCUUUCGUUGUCUAUUGUUCACAACCAGGAGAUGGUAGACUCCUCUUUAUUGGCAGCUUUUGUUUAGUUAAGUCUUUACUUAAGUAAAAAAAAAAAUGCACACUGCUGGUACAAUGAAGUGGUUUGAACUAGGUUUUUAUUUUUGAGCUGUGUCUCAAAAUGUUGCCUUUAAAAUAUGCUAAAGACAUUCUGAGCCUGUUGUAAAUUUGAUAUUAGACGUUUGCCACUUCUUGCAUGCCUAUUUUUAUUUUGAAAUAAAGAUAUUUUGAAAUUU